UUUUUUUAUCACUAUAAAAUUAUUUUCUGUGACAGGUGCAGAAGCAGAUGAAAUGAUCCAAACGGAGUCUUUGCAAUAUGACUUAGCCACUGUUCGGGCCGCAACUAAUAACUUCUGUGAUGAAAAUAAACUUGGACAAGGAGGAUUUGGAGCAGUUUACAAGGGCAACCUUCCAAAUGGACAAGAAGUAGCCGUGAAAAGGUUAUCUAGUGGUUCCGGACAAGGAGACUUAGAAUUCAAGAAUGAGGUUCUCUUAGUGGCCAAGCUUCAACACCGGAAUUUGGUAAGACUCUUGGGCUUCUGUUUGGAAGGAGAUGAAAGACUUCUCAUCUAUGAAUUUGUGCCAAACACAAGCCUUGAUCAUUUUAUUUUUGAUCCAAUCAAGCGCGCACAACUAAAUUGGGAAAGCCGUUACAAAAUCAUCGGAGGGAUAGCUCGUGGCCUCCUUUACCUACAUGAGGAUUCUCGUCUUCGAAUAAUUCAUCGCGAUCUCAAAGCGAGUAACAUUUUGUUAGACGAAGAUAUGAACUCUAAAAUUGCAGAUUUUGGCAUGGCAAGAUUAUUUGUUAGAGAUGAAACACAAGGCAAUACUAGUAGAAUUGUGGGAACUUAUGGAUACAUGGCUCCAGAGUAUGCAAUGCAUGGGCAGUUCUCAAUAAAGUCAGAUGUCUUCAGUUUUGGCGUAUUACUUUUGGAAAUUGUAAGUGGUCAGAAAAAUAGUUGUUUCCGAAAUGGGGAGAACAUAGAGGACCUACUAACUCAUGCAUGGAAAAACUGGAGGGAAGGGACAGGAUUAAAUCUCAUAGAUCCAAUUUUAAGGAACGGUUCAACGGCUGAAAUGAUGAGAUGCAUCCAUAUUGGUUUGCUAUGUGUUCAAGAAAAUGUUGCUGACAGACCAACCAUGGCUUCAAUUGUUCUCACACUUAGUAGCAAUUCAACCAGUCUCCCAGUGCCCUCUCAACCUGCAUUUUUUAUGCACAGCACCAUUGAAUCAGGUAUGUCAUCCUCAUAUGGCUACAAUUCAUGGGUAUCAAACUCAAAGAGAUCAAAGGAAGAAUCACUCCCUUUGACAAAUAACGAAGUUUCAAUCACAGAGCUAUGUCCUCGAUAGUUUUGGAGAUUCAAAGGCACAGUUAGAUUCACAUUGUCAAUCCCGUUCAGAAUAAUGCUAGAAUUAACUUAUUAGAUGUACUGGUAUCUAAUGCCAGUUCUUUCUUUGUAAGCAAAACUACUUCCAAGCACGGGAAUACAGUGUAUAAUUUGAUUCGUGUUCUGGUUUCCUUCUAAUGUAAUUUUAUACAGUGUAUACUUUGACAGUGGUUUCUUUCUUUUCUGCAAAAUUACUUCCAUUUACUGAUUCAUUGUAACAUUUUAUUUGGUGUUGUCUUGUUCCAUCUCAAUCAAAUUUACUUGUGUAAGGUUUUCGUAAGCUUCAUGUAAUGGAAAUUAUGGUUGUAAAAUUAUAAAGAGAACAUUUUCUA